AUUUAUUUGUGUAUUUCAGAUUUGAGCCACAACAAGUGUUUUUAAUGGCCGCACAAUGAAGGCUCAGCUUCAGAUCACAGUUCUGUCCGCUAAGCUUCGGGACAGUAAGAAGAACUGGUUUGGGCCCAGUCCUUAUGUUGAGGUGUGUGUGGACGGCCAGUCGAAGAAGACGGAGAAAUGCACCAACACUCACAGUCCCAAAUGGAAACAGUCUCUCACUGUUGAAGCUGAACUCUCCUCCUGUCCGGAUUCAAUUCGCACGGAUCGACUGUCACGCAGAGCACACGCGAUCGGGCAAUAUACAAAUGCACAUUUCACAAGAUCUCACUGCUGGUUUCGACAGUCUGCAAGGUUUGUGAAAUUAAAUGUUCAUUAGUCAU